GUGUGUUUGGUUUCCAUACAGAUCCCUCACUCUGCCUUAUGAGCAGCACAUUCCGACUGCUCUGCGGUUGCUACUUUUUUUUGUUUUCUUUUCCAAUACUCUGGGAUUUAUUCUUCUUGGCUGCAUUGGUUCUUAUUACCUUUUCGCAUCUGCAAAGACAAAACCAAGACAGUAGAGAAACCCAAAGCACAUUUGGGUCUGCAUCACUUGUAGUUGGCACAACUGAAAUAAGAGAUUUACACUUUGGAAAAUGAUCUGAAAACAUAUAUUUUUAUUUAAACAAGUAUAUAUUGCCCGUGUUGCCUGGUUUCUGGAAUUUUGAGAUUUAACAUAAACAGUGGAAUAAAGAAAAAGACUGAAAUAUUUUUUUAAUGGUUAUUUUUUUUUUCUCAUUACUUUGACUUGAUUAUUUUUUUUUUGUACAUGUUUCUGCGCUGGUAGUUUUUUUGUUGUUGUUGUGUCUCGUGCAAGUUUUUUGGAAGGGAUUUUGGGUUUUCUCUUUGUGAUCUGAAACGUUUCCAGUGGUAAUCAUGGUUGGGAGGUCUCAGGCAGAUAGGAACCAGUUACCUCUAUUGCUUCUAAGACUGCUCUGCCUUCUCCCUACAGGACUGCCUGUCCGCAGCGUGGAUGUAAACCGGAGCACCGACAACAUCACGGUCCGGCAAGGCGAUACGGCCAUCCUCAGAUGUUUUGUGGAAGACAAGAGCUACAAGGUAGCUUGGUUGAACCGUUCAGGCAUUAUCUUCGCCGGACAAGACAAGUGGUCCCUUGACCCACGAGUAGAACUUGACAAGAGAAGCGUGCUCGAGUACAGUCUCCGCAUCCAGAAAGUGGACGUCUACGAUGAGGGACCUUACACUUGCUCCGUACAGACACAGCAUCACACUAAGACCACCCAGAUCUAUCUCAUAGUACAAGUUCCGCCAAAGAUCUCCAACAUCUCUUCAGACAUCACUGUGAACGAGGGAAGUAAUGUGACACUGGUGUGCAUGGCUAAUGGUCGCCCAGAUCCCAUCAUCACCUGGAGACAUCUCACUCCAACAGCCCGAGAGUUUGAGGGUGAAGAGGAAUUUCUGGACAUCCAGGGGAUCACAAGAGAGCAGUCUGGAAAAUAUGAGUGCAAGGCAGCCAAUGAGGUAGCAUCAGCGGACGUGAAGCAAGUCAGGAUCACUGUGAACUACCCUCCUAUCAUAACUGAAUCCAAGAGCAUUGAAGCCACCACUGGUAAGAAGGCAUCACUGCGCUGCGUGGCAAACGCUGAGCCCAUCCCUGAUUUUGAGUGGUACAAGGAUGACACAAGGAUAAACAGUGCCCAGGGGCUGGAAAUAAAAAGCAUCGGAAACAGAUCCACGCUGGUAGUCGCCAACGUCACUGAAGAGCAUUAUGGGAAUUACACCUGUGUGGCUACUAACAAACUGGGAGUCACCAACACCAGCCUAUACCUCUACAAGCGUGUCUUACCCACAAAUCCCAUCACUGCCUCAGAAAGAGGCAGCAACGCAAAUUUCAAAAGAAAAGGACCCGGGACGGUGAUUGCAGACAAUGGUUCCACCAGCAUGGUUGCUUCAAUUUGGCUAAUGGCUGCUUCCCUUUUCUUCCUAUUCUGCAAAUGUUAAUAUAACGAAUAUACAAGAAGAAAAAAAAAAAAAAAAAAAAAGAAGAAAACACAUAAAAAAAAAAAUUAAUAUGGGAACGAGAGAGAGAGACAGAACUGUUUCCUUCACCAAGUGUGUUGAGGAGCAAAGAAAAAACUAAGUUAAAAAAAAAACAACAACAAAAAC